AUGGCGACUCUUUCAAUCUUUUUACACGGCCUCACAAUGCUUUCUUUUCUUGGUUCUGGGGGUGCGACUGCAGUCUCCGACUGUCUGGCACUCAAGCCUUAUCAGCUCAAAACUCCCCCACUGACCACUGACUGGACGGAGAAGGUGGGUAUAUCACCAUGGCCCGAAUACCCUCGCCCAUUACUAAGAAGGGAGGAUUGGAUGAACCUGAACGGUCCAUGGCAAUUCAAACCGGCCAAGGACUCUCAAGAUAUUCACCGUCCGCCGUUCGGCGGAUGUGGGUUCGCCAGUGAGAUCCUGGUGCCUUUUCCCAUGGAAAGCGGGCUCAGUGGCAUCAUGAAAAAUAACAUGUACAGCUGGUAUCGAAAGACAUUCGUUGUCCCUGAGGGCUGGUCGGGUAGCAAUGUCUUGGUGAACUUCGGAGCAGUGGAUUAUGAAGCCACGGUAUUUGUUAAUGGAAAGACCGCUGGGUUCCACCGAGGAGGAUAUUUCAGAUUUGCCUUGGAUUUGACUGACGCGCUUAACGAGCCGGGUGAAGAGAACGAACUGCUGGUGUUUGUCUAUGACCCAACCAAUUCCAACGGCACGCUAAUCCCCACCGGCAAGCAAGUUUUGGAUCCCAGUCACUAUUUUUAUACUCCUAGCAGUGGGAUCUGGCAAACGGUAUUUCUAGAACCAGUUCCCAAAGAACACAUUCUAGAGAUUGUGACCACCGCUGUGUAUGGCUUGUUUUGA